AUGGCGGCCCUCGCCGCCCUGCGUUUCGGGGUUCGUUUCCACCCCACGCCGGCUGAGGCGAUCGGCCUGUACCUCCGCCGCUGGAUCGCCGGCGACCCGGUCCCCGACGCCGAGGGCAUCAUCCACGCCGCCGACGUCUACGGCCACCCGCCGGCCGACCUCGCAGCCGCCUUCCCGCGCCUGCCCAAGACCCACGACAGGUACUUCUAUACGACCUGCAAGCGCGUCCCGAUCCGCGGCGGCGCCGGCUACCGGACCUCGCGCGCCGUGGCCGGGGUCAGCUGGGGAACCAACAACAACAAGCCCGUCGUGGACGCCGUGACCGGCGAGCCCAUCGGGUUCGUGGAGACGCUCAAGUACGGCAAGACGGACUGGCUCAUGGAGGAGUUCCAUCGGUUGCCUGAGGAGGCCGCCGCCGAUGGCAUCGCGGAGAGCGUCCUCUGCCGCCUCUACGUCAAGGAGCAUGCCAAGCCCGGCUCCCUCGCCGUGGCAGAGUCCAUUGCUGGGGAUCGUAUUCUUCAACAAGAACCAGCGGCUGCUGCAGGGGAUCUUCUUCUUCAACAAGCAGCCAUGGCGGCUGGUCCGCAGCGGAUGCCGCCGUCAAGCCCGCGGAACCGCCGCGUCAUGGCGCUGCCGGUGCUCCCUGCGCCGGCGCCGGCGACGAUCCAGCAGAAGAGGGCGGCGCCGGUGGUGGCCGAUGCGCCGCGGCCCAAGAAGAGGGCGCGCGCUGCAGCUGCCCCUGCUGCUGCUACACGUCCGGUCAUGGCGAGCCCACCGGCGGCGACAGCACCGCCAGCUCCCAAGGUGGUGCCGCUGCGGCAGGUACCACGGCCGUCGGGGUGUCCGCGGCCGCCGCCGGGUCUCCUUGGUCUCGAGCCGCGGCGGCCCACGCUGACGGUCGCCGAACUCAUGGCGCUGUUCGAAAAGAAUGACUCCGCCGUCCAAGAAGAAGCAGCCCAAGAAGAAGAAGAAGACGAAUGGACCGACCUCGAGACGGAGACGGCGGCGAUACCGACAGAGGAAGAUGAUGGCGCCGCCGCGAGAUCGCUGGAAGGGCUGGACGCCGACGAGCGGGAAGACGACGCCAUCGCGCUGGACAUAAGCGACGUGCUCAGCUUCGUCGACGUUGAAGACGACGGCGAUGGCGCCUGGGAAAGGAUGCCUCUCUCGGACUUGACUGAUCUUCAGUACUAG